AUGGCGUACACUGGCACCGGCCCCGUUGCCGGACCACGGGCCCUCUCGGAAGCGCCGACGGCCUUUGCGCCCACCGUCAAUGAUGCACCGCUCCUCCCUACUGGCUUCCCGGACGUCCUGGAUUCGUCCAUGGCUUGGGCGGGCACCGAUUUCGCCAAGCACUCCGACUUCAUUCUUCGUCUCAAUGACGUGGACAUCAAGGAGGCUGAAGAAGCCUUGGAACACUUCAAAGCCUUGGGACUCGACGGCGACCUCAUGUCGCGCCAGUCCUUCCCGUUGCCAAACCUGGGUCCCAGGCUAGACAGAUUCCGCCUGAACCUCCAUGAUGGAACAGGUUUCGGGCUGAUUCGAGGACUGGAUCCGCAGAGAUACGCGGUCGAAGACUUGACCAUGCUGCACCUCGGAAUUCAGUGCUACAUCGCCAACCGCCAAGGACGCCAGGACAAGAAGGGCAACAUGCUUGUUCACAUCGUAGCGGACAACUCGUCCAGAGAGAGAGCCAAUCAUCACCGUCAUUCGACGGCACCGAUUACGUUCCACAACGAGGAGGCUGGCGACAUCAUCAGCUGGCUGACGCGAAGCACCGCCGCCACCGGGGGAAAGUGCAUCAUUGCUUCGGCCUACACCGUCUACAAUGUGCUUGCAGCGAGCCGACCGGACUUGGUGCGCACGCUUGCCCGCUCUGACUGGCCAUUUGCUCUGCCCCGGUUCCAGUGCCGCCCAGUCAUCUUCUACCACCAGGGGCGGCUGAUCACCAACUUUGGCAGAACGGCGCUGCUGGGGAGCUCCAGUUAUGCCCGCUCCGAGCGGCUUCCCAAGCUCAACAGCAGCCAGACGGAAGCCUUGGACGCCAUCGAAAGCAUUGCGCGGGCAACGCAACUCGAAAUCGCCACUCAGGCUGGUGAUAUGCACUUCAUCAACAACCUGGCAGUUCUGCACCGGCGAGAGGGAUUUGUCGACGGAGAGGCACCGACCGAGCGUCGACACUUGGUCCGCAUGAGGCUUCGCGACGACGACAUGGGGUGGGCCAUCCCUGCCGAUCUCGCUUUGGAAUGGACCAAGGCUUUUGCGCCAGGACGAGCCAGAACAUGGCAUCUCGAACCCAUGCCCGACGGCUUCUUUCCCUUGCGGACCCAACCCAACUGA